AUGAACUCGAUCUUAGGAUUCAUUGUAUCCUACAAAGAGCAGAUUGCUGAAAAAACUUUGCAGCUCAAGCACUUGUCUGAACCCACUGGCAGUCCUAGCAUCAAUCUUGAUGUCAACUACCCACCUAGUGGUAGUGGCAGCAAUAACACCAACAUGCGCAUUUAA